AUGAGAAAGUCAACCGAUGGCAAGGGGCAGCGGAUGACGCCGCCAUCCCCUUCGUACAUGUCAAAUGAUCAGUUCGCCGGCUAUCUCGCAGAUCUACGCACGAACCGCACAGCACGUCCUGGUGGUGCCAGGCCGCUGCCGACCUCCUCCGCUCGUGCCUUCACAGACCGCAAUAGCUUCGAUGCUGCCUCUCAAACGGUCAAUAUUCACGGACAUCGACGUGCUCCGUCGCAGGCACCGAGCGCUGGUGCAACCAGCAUCUCUACCCGGAACUCGACCACCACGAGCCGCGGACGCGACUACUAUCCAACGGGGCCGACUAUUCCGCUGAAGCCCUCCGAAGUCGUGCCAACAGCGACGUACAUGGAACGCGGCCAAAGAUGGAUGGAAAAGGAGGAGGCCGUCUCUCUCCGCGAAGCCAUGCAAGACAUGGACAUCCAGAAAGCUACAAGGGACGAGACGUCGGAAGACGACGACGGCCGCCUACCUCACCUUAGAAGGAACAGCUAUGCUCAUGCCCGUACGGCCAGCAUUGGGACACAUGGGGACGAGAUCGCCCCGAGCGGUCUCGGCAGGGAUGUUGGCUCGCGGUCUGUCUCUGUGAGCUCCACAGACAGCAACGAUUCAUCGCAGGUCCCUCGAAAGCCUGGAGAAACGAGCCAAUCGGCCAGCAAAAAUUCCAAGUCGUACGGAACAGUCAGUUCUGGCCGUCGCCGCACCAGCCUUAAGAGGAACAUUAGCGGCGAGGUCGAGCGCCCCUUCUCUGGCGAUCAGAUCUGGGAGGAACCAGAGGUGUCGUCCUCGACAAGCAAAACUGCCUCCGCCGGCCGCGCAUCGCCGGAUAAACUGCCCGGCAAGCCUCGAGGCCCAGUAAAUCGGGCCCGUUUCGAGGCCUCUCGAGGCGCCUCGAAUAUCUCCAAGGCUCUCAACCAGGUCGAGAUACACCGCAAUCCUCCGACGCAGUCCCGCAACGCACAAUACACGACAAACACCCCCUCACCAAGAGCAAUGCCGGAACCGUCGGUGGAGCGCAGGAGUGGAGUCGAGGUCCGCGGCCAGGACAUCAGGGCGGCCACCAGCAGGAAGCUCAAGGAUCGCAGCUCCAGGCUCCCUGAGCCCACCGCUGUCAGCGACAGUCCGGGCCGACCUAUUGUAAGCUUUGAUGCGAACUGGGAAGCCCCGGACGAGGUCGCUGAUGUCAAGCCAGACUGGCCAGCUCAAGACUCGGCGCUGUUCAAAGACGGCAACAAGCAACCUAUGGCUAUUCCUCGUAUCUCUGUGGCAGAGGACCAGACGCCGCAGCCACGGACGGCGUCACGCCCGGGUAUACCAUCAAUCGCUGUAGCCGGGCCGGACAGUGGGUCCCAGAUGUCGGGCAAUGUUCCUGCCAUCGUCCUCCCAGACGCCCAGCCGGCCGCGCGCCCACUGCCGAGCCCUGACGGCGUUGGCACCCAGGUCCGAAGAGCUCAACGACCUCGAGGUCACUGGUCGCCCGCUCCGGGGGCUGUCGGCCGCGCGACGGCCACCUGCCAUGAAUGCGGACUUCCGAUUGAAGGGAGGCUUGUGGCACUCGCCGGGUUUCCUGAGCGGUUCCACCCACACUGCUUCAGCUGCCUGGUGUGCGGAACCAGCCUCGAGGCCAUGGAGAUUAGCCCCGAGCCGGACCAUGUUCGCGCGGAGCGGCUCGAGAGGAUCCGUCGUCGCGCCGCGGGGGAGCAGUUGGUGGAGCUGCCGGGGACGACGGAAGCCGAGGACGGCGACGAGCGGCUCCGCUUCUACUGCCACCUGGACUGGCACGAGCUCUUCGCGCCGCGCUGCAAGCACUGCAGGACGCCGAUCCUGGGCGAGCACAUUGUGGCGCUCGGCCAGCACUGGCACUACGGCCACUUUUUCUGCGCAGAGUGCGGAGACCCGUUUGAGCACGGCAUGACGCACAUUGAAAAGGACGGGUACGCGUGGUGUAUCAACUGCCAGACCAAGCGCACCGAGCGGCGGGCGCCCAAAUGCAAGAAUUGCAAGACGGCCGUCAUCGGGCAGUACAUCCAGGCCCUGGGAGGAGAGUGGCACGAGCACUGCUUCCGCUGCGCCGAGUGCCAGGGCGGCUUCGACGACGGGCAGAUCUUCCCCAAAGAGAUGCAGGGGGGGAUGGUGGUUCUCUGCACGGCGUGCCGAACGCGAGAGCUCAAGUCGUGA